CUCACGCGUGCGUCUGCAGGAGGUCUCGUCACUUCUCGCGAGAACACGACCGAACGCGGGUUCGUCGUCAAGCGACCAGAAAGGUCCUAACAGCUCGCUACUGCUCGUUGAAGCAAACGUUUGCCUGUCUUGUGGUCAUUCCAAGGCUUUACUCCAUCCUUCCAGGAGGAAGAUGACUCUGACGGCCACGUCUUCCUCGCACAAGACCAGCAUCUUGAGUAAAUUGGACCGUCUCAGGAAGCGCGACGUCCUGUGCGACGUCACACUGAUGGUGGAGGACGAGCACUUCCGGGCGCACAAGGCCCUGCUGGCGGCGAGCAGCGACUACUUCUCCCAGCUCUUUACCAGCCAGGACCACGGCGGAGGCGCCACCUGCCGGCUAGACGGCGUGGCGGCCAGCAUGUGCGGCGCCGUGCUGGACUUCAUCUACAGCGCCCAGGUGUGCGUGGAGAAAGGUGGCACCCGGCAGCUCCUGGCCGCCGCUCGUCUGCUGCAGGUGGGCGACCUCGUCGAGGCCCUGCUGUCCGGACUCGGCGAGGGGGCGGAGCCGGAGCCGACCACGCCGUCGGGAACCAAAAGGGCACGACCAAAGACGGCGGUGGCGACGAGUAAGUCGGGAGAGGAAGACGACCGCGCCAAAGGAGCAUCGGAACACGAAGAUCGGUCGAGUCGACGCAGGCGGCGCAAGAUCACCCCGCCGAUGAAGUACGGCGUCUUCAAGGUGGGCGUCGACAUUUCGGGAGGAGAGUUGGGGCGGAGAGGAAGGAGGAGGAAGUACCCCGACACGGAGGCCAGGUGUGACGACUGCGGCAAAGUCUUCAAAAACCAUUUUUUCCUCAAGAUACACCAGCGCACUCACACAGGUGAGAAACCCUUCGUGUGCCAGGUGUGCGGGGCGGCGUUCACCCAGAAGCACACGCUGCUGGUCCACCUGCACAAACACACCGGGGAGACGCCGUUUGUCUGCAGCGUCUGCUCCAAGGCCCUCGCCACCAAACACAGCCUGCAGGAGCACAUGAACCUCCACCAAGAAAACAAAUCCUUCUGCUGUGACGAGUGUGGGAAAAGCUUCACUCAGCAGAGGCAGCUAAAAAGUCACUACAGAGUCCACACGGGCAAGUCCCUUUCAGAGUGUGCUCAGUGUCACCGCAAAUUUUUGGACACGGCUCAGCUCAAAAAGCACCUGCGCACUCACACAGGUGAGAAGCCUUUCACCUGCGAGAUCUGCGGGAAGUGUUUUUCCGUCAAGAGCACUUUGCAGACGCACAUCAGAAUACACAGAGGCGAAAAGCCGUACAGCUGCAGCGUGUGCGACAAAUCCUUCUCGGACGCCAGCGCCAGGCGCCGCCACGUGGCCUCCCACUCGGGGAAGAAGCCCUUCACCUGCUCGGAGUGCGGCCUUUCCUUCACACGUCUGGACAACCUGAGGACGCACGUCAAGUCGCACGACAAGGAGAUGCGGGAAGAGCGAGGAGGCGGCUCGUCGGUCCAGAAGUACCAUCUCACGCCGGGCUCGGAGGAGGAGGUCCAGCUGAUGGUGAGGGAGGACAACGUCGACUUUGCCCCGGGGAUCGGUACCCUCGCCUCGGAGGAGUCGUCGGCCCAGUCGGGGAUCAGGACGAACACGCAGGAGGGUGCGUCGGCGCACGUCAUCACGCUGAGCAAAGAGGCCAUGGAGCACCUUCGGACGCCGCACCUGCUCCGCCUGGCGCAAGGGCCAGUCCGGCAGCAGCAGGGGGCGCCUCCGCCGCACGCUCAGGCCAUCCACGUCAGCAACCAGGCCGGCCAGCCCAUCUCUAUCAGCCAGACCAGCGAGCACAUCCCCAGCCACAACAUCCACGGACACACCUUCCAGAUACAAGCCGGGACCGUGUCCUGCCUCUACACCCCCGCCAGGCCGCUGAGCUGACACCAGCCAGACCACCCUCACCUGCCAGCUCCAACACCUGGGAACUGUCCUACACUACAUCUCACAGCACUUCUCAAGGUAGAGAAAACAACAUUUAAAUAAAGUUGAAUCAAC